GGGAUGCCAGGUCUGGAUAACAGGACAGAGUAACCUCUGUGAUCUGUGGUGAAUAGUCUGUGGUCUUUAUCUGUGACCGGUUUUAAGUUAUGUAUUAACUUAUUAAGGUAAAUAAACAACAAUUAUAUCGACAUCAAUGCUGCAGCUUAGAAAAUGACCACUCAUAAAGGCACAUUGUGUAUUAAAACGGUAAAGCAAUUACAAGUGGAUCCUGGAAUCAGCCCCACAUGCGAUUUCAGUCUAGGGGAGGCCUUGGCUCAGGUCUAUCCGUUAUUAGAUUUGAUUUUCGAAUAUUUGCCCUUAGGGGACCUGAAGUGUUGCCUCGAAGUGUCGACCACAUGGAAGGAAACGGCUGAACAAAUAUUGGACAGAAGAGUGGCUCCAAGCUGGUUUACGUGCUUUAAAGUGGGCGCAAAAGGGUGUAAAAGCAACACUAUUUUACAUAGCCCCAAUCUGAACUUCAACAAUGUGGAGAUGGGGUUUAUUUUGUAUGAUAGCCUCCAACUUGAGCUGAAUGCGUAUAUUUGUUUGCACCGGAAUACGUCUGGACUUAGUAGGAAAUCAGUGCCGGACUACUUGGAAGACGAACUAGUUCCGAAAUCAGUGAAUUAUUGCAUGUUAGCAGUGGACAGGGUUGUUUCCAUCUUCAAUACUAAGCGAAACAUGAAAGAAGUUGAGUAUCAUGGAUCCAUAUUUGAUGGGGUGUUUUUUCCUAAAGUCCCAUCCAUACGGACAGUACUGUUUCACUGCGAUAUCUCUAACAGAAAGACGGUUCAGGCGACUGUAAGGAAGCAGAUAAGACGAAAUGAGGAGCCCAAGUGUAUUCUAAUAUUCACUAAAUAUAAAGCGGAGAGAGGCAUACAAUUCUUGUUGAAAUGCCUGGUGCCAGAUGAAGACGUAAACUCCGUAGCUUUCGGCGGUGGAAUAAUCAGAGGAUCGAGAAUGUUCCAUCGAAAUGCGAACGAUGAGAUCUUUCCCUUUGAAGAUACAAUGUGUAUACUGUUCUUAAAAGAUGAAGAUUACAAAGAAAAUAAUUUCGAGGCGUUUUCAUGUGUGAUAAGUGAAAAACAGACUGAAGAAGAAUUUAAUUCGCAAUUGCAGCAUUUCAAGGAAAAUAUCAAGCUAAAACAUCACAGCUUGGGGUUUCGGAUAUCUUGUUCUUCUGAUCUCCAGGAAACUGAAUUGGAAGCAUUUCAGGCGACAUUUCCUGGUCUUCCGCUGCUAGGGGUGUACGCUGCAGGGGAAUUGGGAUGGAAUUGUUAUCCUAAUGCCCUAAACCUGGAACCAAAUGUAGCGCCGUCUAAACCGAAACGACUGCGGAAAACUGUAGAGCUUCCCAGAGUCCUCAAUUACUUUUCUACUAUUUUUGUACUGCUCACUUGGGAUAAGUAGGUUGUUAAGUAUUGCUUCAUACUUCACUGUUUGCUAUUUAUUGAUUUAAAUAAAGCUGACCAGGUUUAAUAUAAAA